AUGUCUGAGGCCCAGAACGUGAAGUGAGAACCAAGUGUUGCCAAUAUGCUUGGUUGGAUCCUGACCUCAGCAGGAAAGCAUUUGCAUCUUGGAGAGGAGCCGGACAGAGAGGAGAGCGUGAGGGCUUGUUGUGGAGCGGGAAAAGUGACUGACACCGGUUUCCGUGGUGCAUGAUGAUUCCUUAUGAAUCCUCCAAUCGCCUUGGCUGGAAGCUUCCCCUGUCUCAGACAGUCCCACCUCACCCCAGCCAACUGAUAAUGUUUCAGUGACAGAGAGAGGAUUCAAGUUUGUUUUAUGCCCUACGGAGAGGAAAGGAGAGUCAUGUCAGGCAUUUUAUCAGGGCAUUGUGUCCUGAUUUUUUCUGGAAGUUGCAGAUGUAGAUGCAGGCUGUCUGGAACAGGUUGCAACAUAUCCUGUGUUUUGACCUGAAAUGGCUCCAUAUUAAUAUAAUAAUAAUAGAUAAUACACUAUAUAUAAAAAAAGCAUGUGGACACCCCUUGAAAUUAGUGGAUUCGGCUAUUUCAGCCACACCUGUUGCUGACAGGUGUGAAGUGGUAGGCGACACAAGCUCAGAACGGGACCGCCGAGUGCUGAAGAGCGUAGCGCGUAAGAAUCGUCUGUCCUUGGUUGCAACAUUCACUACCGAGUUCCAAACUGCCUCUGGAAGCAACUACAGCACAAUAACUGUUCGUCUGGAGCUUCAUGAAAUGGGUUUCCAUGGUCGAGCAGCCGCACACAAGCCAAAGAUCACCAUGCGCAAUGACAAGCGUUGGCUGCUGUAAAGUUCCCCACCAUUGGACUCUGGAGCAGUGGAAACUUGUUCUCUGGAGUGAUGAAUCACGCUUCACCAUCUGGCAGUCCGAUGGACGAAUCUAGGUUUGGCGGAUGCCAGGAGCACGCUACCUCCCCGAAUGCAUAGUGCCAACUGUAAAGUUUGGUGUAGGAGGAAUAACAGUCUGGGGCUGUUUUUCAUGGUUCGGGCUAGGCCCCUUAGUUUUAGUGAAGGGAAAUCUUAACGCUACAGCAUACAAUGACAUUCUAGACGAUUAUGUGCUUCCAACUUUGUGGCAACAGAAAUGGUUUGUCGAGAUCGGUGUGGAAGAACUUGACUGGCCUGCACAGAGACCUGACCUCAACUCCAUCGAACACCUUUGAGAUGAAUUGGAACAAUCGGCCAACAUCAGUAACCGACCUCACUAAUGCUAUUGUGGCUGAUUGGAAGCAAGUCCCUGCAGCAAGGUUCCAACAUCUAGUGGAAAGCCUUCCCAGAAGUGGAGGCUGUUAUACCAGCAAAGGGAGGACCAACUCCAUGUUAAUGCCCAUGAUUUUGGAAUGAGAUGUUCGACGAGCAGGUUUCCACAUACGUUUGGUCAUGUAGUGAAUAUGCCAUUUAGCAGACGUUUUUAUCCAAAGCGACUUAGUCAUGCAUGCAUACAUUUUACGUAUGGUUGGCCCUGGAAUCGAACCAACUACCCUGGCGGUGCAAGUGCCAUGCUCUACCAACUGAGCCAUAUAGGACCACAUUGACUCCAUAUUGACUACAUAAGAAAACAGGACUGGUGGACAACGAUAUAGAUCUACCCAUAGGAUGAUAAUGAAAAGGGUUUUAUUCCUGAAUUGCCAGCAUUCAUGAAAAAGGGUGGAUAAACUCCUCUACCUUUUCCUUUUCACUGCUUCCCAGCGGUUAGUUGGUUUUCCAUACAUGUUGCUAUGGAAAGUACCCUUCUUGGCCCUGCUUACUGCUGAAACCAAGGCUUUGUGCUUGGUUUGGCUCGGACCCUCUGCCUCUCUGCUUGCCUUGCUGUCUGACGUCUGGGCCUCUGUUUAAGCAACCAUAUAUAUUUAAGAGGAAACUUGUGAAACGUUAAUCUCUCUACUUUUUAGCCCUAAUGAAUUUCUACAUUUUCCAGCUGUGCGGUGUGGCAUAUUUAUGCGCCGGCUCUAUCGGUGAAAACAGCUCUGUCACUGUAAAUGAAUCACAGUGAGUGCAUGCACUGCUUGUGUGUGUGUGUUGUACACUGCAGGCUAGAAGACUCAACAGAAACAAACUGAAAUGGCCCUAUAAAAAUCUCCCCCUUUCUACAAAUACCUCAGUGGGGAAAUGUUGAAAGUAAAGUGUUGCGUCUUCUUUUCCUCCAGAAUCCAGCCCAGAACAGUUUGGUUGUGUCAGUCGUCAUCGUUCCGAGGGUGAUAAGCGUCACUCAUCAUGGUGACACUGACGAGACAAUGGGUGAUGUAAUAUCCCUCUGGUCAGACCACACCUGGCAAUAGAGGCCUCUCUGAGGACCAUAGUUCCCCUCUUAUAAAACUCACUGACUCACUCUGUCUCGCAUCAUCCCUGGGACAGUAUACACGCCGACGCCUUUAUGAACAUCUUGUUUUUUUCAUCUGUUAUUUUCUUUACUGUUGAGGAGUGACAUAUUGUGAGUCAUGGAGGGAGCCCAACCAGGACCAAAUAGGAAGGGCCUGUCUGUCAACAGCUGCUUCUAACAACCAGCUUCUCCAAUUUACCAAAGGGAACAUCUCUGAGUCUGAAACCAAUAAAAAGGUUUUAGUUUUGAGUAUGUUUUUGCAAAGACAUUCACAUAACUACAUUCCCAAUUUCAGCUUUUUAGUUGUUGUUGUUUCUUUUGCCCACAUUUGUGAUGAUGAUCCUCACCACCACACAUUUUGUGGUUGUUAUUAACUUUUAGAAUGUUGGUAUACACCCAAAUCAGGGUCAAGAGUUUACUCUUCCAUGCACGUAUUGGUUUAAUAGUGUCUGGCCCAGUGCUGAACCACCUGACCUAUGGUGUUACAGUCCACUGCUUUACACUUUUACCCAAACUGCUGCUGCUCCACACCUCCUUCACAACCCAGAGAGGACUGUAGCUAGGUCACCUUGGAAUAGCAUAGCUGGGGUUGUGCAGGAAAGGAAUGGUAAUGAUGCUGAUAACACAAAUAAACAGCACAGCAAUUUCCCCCAUGCCACUGGAAGGCUCCUGUGACUGUCAAGUCUAGGACCACAGAGGUGUCUGAACAUAGGCUACCCACAACAAGGCCCUUGGAGUGUUGUCCCAAAUUGUAUUAGGCACAAAUUGCUUGAACUACACGCUUUACACCUAGACCCCCAGCACAGCACACAUAGUCAUAACAGAAGAGGGACAGGGACCCCCAUGUUACCCAUGUGUAGUGGAGCACGGGAGAACAAUCCCAUUACAUUAAAACAGGCCCAGAGCAGAGCUGAUAUAAUGGAGCCUGGGCCAUUAAAACCAUGUCGCGUCCAGUCACUCACUGAGGGAACCAGGAGGGGGAGGGGGAGGGGGGGGGAUAGAAGGGUAGGAAGGAAGGGAGGGAGUGGGAUAGGAAGGAAGGGAGGGAGUGGGAUAGAGGGGUAGGAAGGAAGGGAGGGAGUGGGAUAGAGGGGUAGGAAGGAAGGGAGGUAGUGGGAUAGAGGGGUAGGAAGGAAGGGAGAGAGUGGGAUAGAGGGGUAGGAAGGAAGGGAGGGAGUGGGAUAGAGGGAUAGGAAGGAAGGGAGGGAGUGGGAUAGAGGGAUAGGAAGGAAGCGAGGUAGUGGGAUAGAGGGGUAGGAAGGUGGUAGGAAGGGAGGGCGGUAGGAAGGGAGGGAGGGAGUGGGAUAGAGGGGGUGUAGGAAGGGAGGGAGGGAGUGGGAUGAGAGGGGUAGGAAGGGAGGGAGGGAGUGGGAUAGAGGGGUAGGAAGGGAGGGAGGUAGUGGGGGGUAGGAAGGGAGGGAGGGAGUGGGAUAGAGGGGUAGGAAGGGAGGGAGGUAGUGGGGGGUAGGAAGGGAAGGGAGGGGAGUGGGAUAGUACCGGUAGGGUAGGGACGGGAGGGGUAAGUGGCGGGGGGUAGGAAGGGAUGGAGGGAGUGUUGGACAACAAGGACACGCCAGGGCUCGUGAUGGUACCGUGUGCCCUUGAGCAAACUGUCAUUCAAGGCACUUUAAUUAAUUUCUCAGGCCUGUCUUCCUUCCUAGUCAUGCUAUGAGGCCGGGGAAGUAACACUAACGUGCAGGAAGGCACGUAAACACCAUGAGCCAGGAGAAAAGACAGUGUAAAUAUCUGCUUCUAUAUGGUAUUAGAACAGGUUACAUUUUUGGGGGGGAAUAUCAGGUAAUUAUUUUACGAUAGUUACUAUGGUUAAUUGGCUAAUAGUCUGAAUCAGAGGACACGGGACCUUUGGAUUAAUUCAGGAAAACAUCUCUCUGGAGUUUUGAGUAUGUCAUAAAGACUUCGUUUUGACAAUCUACGCAAUCAUUUAAUGAGCGUUCUGAUGUACUUAAUGAAUCUAUGAAUAUCACAUUUUGAAAUUGUAUAGCUUCCUAAUUGCCUUGUUUUCUAUUAAUUACUUUGGUCUAUUAAAUAUGAAUACAGAUGGAGUGAUAUGAUGGAUAACAUAAAAUACCCUAUUUAAAAUCUAAGAUGAAAAUGUAUGGCCUGUUUGAUGUUCAGUAAAAUACUGCCCUUACAGAAUCAGCUUUCACUUUGUAAGUGGUAAUGCUUUAUAGUUUCAAUCGAGUUCCACACUUUCUCAUGCAUUUUAUGCUUGAAUUUAUAUAUAAUAUAAUUUAUAUAUAAUUUUAUUUUAAUAAUUGAUUCUUAGUAGUGGUAGUAGCAAACUUCAUUAUCUUUAAGGGGAAAUUGGUUUUGCAGCACUAUUAAACUCUAUUCAUGUUAAGACACUACAUACAGAAUUUUGGAUAAAAGUUGGUCUGGCAAUAUUGAUGCAAAAUUUUUAUGAAUAUGGCUAAGAAUUGAGAAAAGGGUUGAAUCGUCAAGCAUUUUAUUUAAGUAGAAGAAGUAGAGCAACAUCGUGCUACAUGACAGGCUUGCCUCUGUGUCCUAUCAUCUUAUCUCUACCUGCACUGAGGCUAUAGGCCUAACUAUGGCUUAGAAAUUUUUUAAACAUUUUUUUUUUUACAUUUUAGUAUCCAGAGCGACUUCCAAUUAGUGAGUGCAUACAUUUUUCAUACUGACCCCCCGUGGGAAACGAACCCACAACCCUUGCGUUGCAAGCGCCAUGCUCUACCAACUGAGCUACAGGAGGGCCAGUGAAUACACUUGAAUUACACUCGGAUGGUCCUACCAAGACGUAUGUAUAUAUAAUUACAAAGUAUAUCAAAAGCUACCUUGAAAUAGAGUUUAAUGGCCGUAUCGUUUUUUUUGUGGAGCAUGUCUGGGAGCCUUAAUCUUCUGAGCCCUGACAUCUUUAUAAUUCAGCCCAGUCCAUCCAUUUUCAUGAGGGACGUUUGGGGGGAGGUUUCCUUUUAAUGAAUUCGACAAUUAGUAACAGAAGUUAAUGAUUGUAUGGGGCUAAGUACCCUGAUGGACAUGGCUGUGGGCCGGAGAGGGCCGUGCUCCAAGCCAUAGAUCCUCAUUAAUGCCUUUAGUUUCCUGACGACUACAGCUAGGCUAGAGGGGGGAAACAGGCUUUUGUUUAGUCUGCCCCUGAUGGGGCUCCUUGGGGUCCUUCAGUGUGCCAACAGUCAUGGAGGACAAACAGAGAGCAUUCUGGUAACAGUCUGAGGUCACAAAAAUAUGGUGUCAUUGUAGUUAGAUUUUCAGAAUAAGCAGAGUACCCAAAGGCCUCAUUCUCAAUAAGUCAUAUUAACGAAAUGUGUAUUAAUUGUAUUGGCUAUAUGAUUUGCUAGUCACGAUAGAGUUAUUGAAUUAUCUUGCUAAUAGUAGGAUAGGCAUAUUGUUUCUGCUAAAAUGCUGUGAUUUAUAGUGCCAUUAUCAUAUUUUCUCACGACAAUCCAAACAUCCUUCAGCCAGAUAUCACCCAAGUUUUUAUCGAACAUAUACAGUGGGGAAAAAAAGUAUUUAGUCAGCCACCAAUUGUGCAAGUUCUCCCACUUAAAAAGAUGAGAGAGGCCUGUAAUUUUCAUCAUAGGUACACGUCAACUAUGACAGACAAAAUGAGAAGAAAAAAAAAUCAGAAAAUCACAUUGUAUAAUUUUUAAUGAAUUUAUUUGCAAAUUAGAGUGGAAAAUAAGUAUUUGGUCAAUAACAAAAGUUUCUCAAUACUUUGUUAUAUACCCUUUGUUGGCAAUGACACAGGUCAAACGUUUUCUGUAAGUCUUCACAAGGUUUUCACACACUGUUGCUGGUAUUUUGGCCCAUUCCUCCAUGCAGAUCUCCUCUAGAGCAGUGAUGUUUUGGGGCUGUCGCUGGGCAACACGGACUUUCAACUCCCUUCAAAGAUUUUCUAUGGGGUUGAGAUCUGGAGACUGGCUAGGCCACUCCAGGACCUUGAAAUGCAUCUUACGAAGCCACUCCUUCGUUGCCCGGGCGGUGUGUUUGGGAUCAUUGUCAUGCUGAAAGACCCAGCCACGUUUCAUCUUCAAUGCCCUUGCUGAUGGAAGGAGGUUUUCACUCAAAAUCUCACGAUACAUGGCCCCAUUAAUUUUUUCCUUUACACGGAUCAGUCGUCCUGGUCCCUUUGCAGAAAAACAGCCCCAAAGCAUGAUGUUUCCACCCCCAUGCUUCACAGUAGGUAUGGUGUUCUUUGGAUGCAACUCAGCAUUCUUUGUCCUCCAAACACGACGAGUUGAGUUUUUACCAAAAAGUUCUAUUUUGGUUUCAUCUGACCAUAUGACAUUCUCCCAAUCCUCUUCUGGAUCAUCCAAAUGCACUCUAGCAAACUUCAGACGGGCCUGGACAUGUACUGGCUUAAGCAGGGGGACACGUCUGGCACUGCAGGAUUUGAGUCCCUGGCGGCGUAGUGUGUUACUGAUGGUAGGCUUUGUUACUUUGGUCCCAGCUGUCUGCAGGUCAUUCACUAGGUCCCCCCGUGUGGUUCUGGGAUUUUUGCUCACCGUUCUUGUGAUCAUUUUGACCCCACGGGGUGAGAUCUUGCGUGGAGCCCCAGAUCGAGGGAGAUUAUCAGUGGUCUUGUAUGUCUUCCAUUUCCUAAUAAUUGCUCCCACAGUUGAUUUCUUCAAACCAAGCUGCUUACCUAUUGCAGAUUCAGUCUUCCCAGCCUGGUGCAGGUCUACAAUUUUGUUUCUGGUGUCCUUUGACAGCUCUUUGGUCUUGGCCAUAGUGGAGUUUGGAGUGUGACUGUUUGAGGUUGUGGACAGGUGUCUUUUAUACUGAUAACAAGUUCAAACAGGUGCCAUUAAUACAGGUAACGAGUGGAGGACAGAGGAGCCUCUUAAAGAAGAAGUUACAGGUCUGUGAGAGCCAGAAAUCUUGCUUGUUUGUAGGUGACCAAAUACUUAUUUUCCACCAUAAUUUGCAAAUAAAUUCAUUAAAAAUCCUACAAUGUGAUUUUCUGAAGAAAAUUUUUUUCAUUUUGUCUGUCAUAGUUGACGUGUACCUAUGAUGAGAAUUACAGGCCUCUCUCAUCUUUUUAAGUGGGAGAACUUGCACAAUUGGUGGCUGACUAAAUACUUUUUCCCCCCAAUGUAGUUCAUGAUCCAUCUCACUCUUUUUCAGGUAUAACUAUAAAACAUUUAGAUAAAUAUUUCAAGCAGCAUAAAAUCAAAGUUUGUGUUUUUAUAGUGUCAUGAAUACAUGGAACACUUCUGCAAUAUCCAUCUCUGUAGAUUUACAGUACCAGUCACAAGUUUGGACACACCUACUCAUUCAAGGGUUUUUCUUUAUUUGUAUUAUUUUUUACAUUGUAGAAUAAUAGUGAAGACAUCAAAACUAUGAAAUAACACAUAUGGAAUCAUGGAGUAACCAAAAAAGUGUUAAACAAAUCAAAAUAUAUUUUAUAUUUGAGAUUCUUCAAAUAGCCACCCGUUGCCUUGAUGACAGCUUUGUACACUCUAAUGCUUUUCCAACAGUCUUGAAGGAGUUCCCACAUAUGCUGAGCACUUGUUGGCUGCUUUUCCUUCAUUCUGCCGUCGGACUCAUCCCAAACCAUCUCAAUUGGGUUGAGGUCAGGGAAUUGUGGAGGCCAGGUCAUCUGAUGCAGCACUCCAUCACUCUCCUUCUUGGUAAAAUAGCCCUUACACAGCCUGGAGGUGUGUUGGGUCAUUGUCCUGUUGAAAAACAAAUGAUAGUCCCACUAAGCCCAAACCAGAUGGGAUGGCGUAUCGCUGCAGAAUGCUGUGGUAGCCAUGCUGGUUAAGUGUGCCUUGAAUUCUAAAUAAAUCACAGACAGUGUCACCAGCAAAGCACCCCCACACCAUAACACCUCCACCUCCAUGCUUUAUGGUGGGAACUACACAUGCGGAGAUCAUCCGUUCACCCACACCACGUCUCACAAACACACAGUGGUUUGAACCAAAAAUCUCAAAUUUGGACUCCAGACCAAAGGAUACAUUUCCGCCGGUCUAAUGUCCAUUGCUCGUGUUUCUUGGCCCAAGCAGGUCUCUUCUUCUUAUUGGUGUCCUUUUAGUAGUGGUUUCUUUGCAGUCCCCUCUGAACAGUUGAUGUUGAGAUGUGUCUGUUACUUGAAAUCUGUGAAGCAUUUAUUUGGGCUGCAAUUUCUGAGGCUGGUAACUCUAAUCAACUUAUCCUCUGCAUCAGAGGUAACUCUGGGUCUUCCAUUCCUGUGGCAGUCCUCAUCCGAGCCAGUUUCAUCAUAGCUUUUGAUGGUUUUUGUAUCUGCACUUGAAGAAACUUUCAAAUACAUUUUCCGUAAUGAUGGACUGUUAUUUCUCUUUGGUUAUUUGAGCUGUUCUUGCCAUAAUAUGGACUUGGUAUUUUAUCAAAUAGGGCUAUCUUCUGUAUACCACCCCUACCUUGUCACAACACAACUGAUUGGCUCAAACGCAUUAAGAAGGAAAUAAAUUCCACAAAUUAACUUUUAAAAUGGCACACCUGUUAAUUGAAAUGCAUUCCAGGUGACUACCUCAUGAAGCUGGUUGAGAGAAUGCCAAGAGUGUGCAAAGCUUUCAUCAAGGCAAAGGGUGGCUAUUUGAAGAAUCUCAAAUAUAAAAUAUAUUUUGAUUUGUUUAACACUUUUUUGGUUACUAAAUGAUUCCAUAUGUGUUAUUUCAUAGUUUUGAUGUCUUCACUAUUAUUCUACAAUGUAAAAAAUGAGUAGGUGUGUCCAAACUUUUGACUGGUAGUGUAUGAAUUUACACCCGCCUCACCAUUAUUCCCACUGCCUGCCCUGCUUUCCCACAGCGGAUGAGAAAGUAUGUCUAGAAUUUGUGAAAUCCAAGUCAUUCAGUUUGUCCAGAGCAACUCUAGCCCACUCUCAUUCCUGGCAGUCUCAACAAUAGAUAUAAUGGUGACAAAACCAAAACGUCAUCCAAAAAUAAGUAAAGUUAAUACGUUAUUGUUUGCGGUCUAGACUUAAAGCUACAGAUUGUACAUUAAAAAAAAGGGGGUGUGAGAAAGUUAUCUUAUCCCUCUCAGGCCCACUUCAUUGUUACUGGAUGAUUCAGGCCUCGGAGGCCCCACUCUUAACGUUAUGUCUGCCUCUGGCUCCCUGAAGGACAGAGGGGAAAGGGAAGGCGUAAUGCUGUGUUAUUUAAUCAGGCUAAGUCUGGCCCUGCCACGUUUACAGCUCAUUGACCCAAUCACUUUGUCGACAGUUAGUUAGACACCCCUCCGAGACUGGCCCGUCCUCUACUUUCUCUCUCUUCUUCUCUUCCUCCAUCUUUCACUCUCUCUUCCUCUCGUUCCAUCUAUCUAUUUCCCUUUCUCUCUUCGUCUUUCUCUCUCUCUGUCGGUCUGUCUCUCUCUUUUACUCUCAAGCUUCGUUUGGCUCUUCAGGAAGGAACGUAUUUUUGAGGGUGAAGGUUAUCAUAUCAUUAGAAAAUAGUUAACAGCCCUGCAGCCUACGUAGAGUUAUACGACAGUGCCUCCAGCCCUCUUGGCUCUGUGCAGUGCUGAAAUGUUAUCAGUCUGGAGUAAUUAUUGUCACAGGACUCUGAAUUUCCAGAGACUGAGUUGUAUUGUACAUUUGCAUUUAAGACUGACUAUAGUGACUUGUUGAACUAUAUUUGUAUGUGUUUGGGCCCAAUCAACAAUGCGAUGACAUUCAGUAGACAGUAAAGAAUCCAGCAUCAGAGCUAGCCUAUCCCUGUACUAGCCUGUCCCUGUACUACCCAAGCCUGCCCCUGUACUACCCUAGCCUGCCCCUGUACUACCCUAGCCUGUCCCUGUACUACCCUAGCCUGUCCCUGUACUACCCUAGCCUGCCCCUGUACUACCCUAGCCUGUCCCUGUACUACCCUAGCCUGCCCCUGUACUACCCUAGCCUGUCCCUGUACUACCCUAGCCUGUCCCUGUACUACCCUAGCCUGCCCCUGUACUACCCUGCCCUUGUACUACCCUAGCCUGCCCAUGUACCACCCUAGCCUGUCCCUGUACUACCCUAGCCUGCCCCUGUACUACCCUAGCCUGUCCCUGUACUUGCCUAUUCCUGUACUAUCCUAGCCUGUCCCUGUACUAGUCUAUUCCUGUACUAUCCUAUCCCUGUACUAGUCUAUUCCUGUACUAUCCUAUCCCUGUACUAGUCUAUUCCUGUACUAUCCUAGCCUGUCCAUGUACUACCCAAGCCUGUCCCUGUACUAGUCUAUUCCUGUACUAUCCUAUCCCUGUACUAGUCUAUUCCUGUACUAUCCUAUCCCUGUACUAGCCUAUUCUUGUACUAUCCUAUCCCUGUAGUAGUCUAUUCCUGUACUAUCCUAUCCCUGUACUAGCCUUUCCCUGUACUAGUCUAUUCCUGUACUAGUCUAUUCCUGUACUAGUCUAUUGUACUAGUCUAUCCCUGUACUAGUAUAUCCCUGUACUAGUAUAUUCCUGUACUAUCCUAUCCCUGUACUAGUCUAUUCCUGUACUAGCCUAUCCCUGUACUAGUCUAUCCCUGUACUAGUCUAUUCCUGUACGAUCCUAUCCCUGUACUAGUCUAUUCCUGUACGAUCCUAUCCCUGUAUUAGUCUAUUCCUGUACUAGCCUAUCCCUGUACUAGUCUAUCCCUGUACUAGUAUAUUCCUGUACUAUCCUAUCCCUGUACUAGUAUAUUCCUGUACUAGCCUAUCCCUGUACUAGUCUAUCCCUGUACUAGUCUAUUCCUGUACUAUCCUAUCCAUGUACUAGUCUAUUCCUGUACUAGCCUAUCCCUGUACUAGUAUAUUCCUGUACUAGCCUAUCCCUGUACUAGUAUAUUCCUGUACUAUACUAUCCCUGUACUAGUCUAUUCCUGUACUAGCCUAUCCCUGUACUAGUAUAUUCCUGUACUAGCCUUUCCCUGUACUAGCCUAUCCCUGUACUAGUCUAUUCCUGUACUAGUCUAUUCCUGUACUAGCCUAGCCUAUCCCUGUACUAGUCUAUUCCUGUACUAGUAUAUUCCUGUACUAGCCUAGCCUAUCCCUGUACUAGUCUAUUCCUGUACUAGUCUAUUCCUGUACUAGCCUAGCCUAUCCCUGUACUAGUCUAUUCCUGUACUAGUCUAUUCCUGUACUAGCCUAGCCUAUCCCUGUACUAGUCUAUUCCUGUACUAGUCUAUUCCUGUACUAGCCUAGCCUAUUCCUGUACUAGUCUAUUCCUGUACUAGCCUAGCCUAUCCCUGUACUAGCCUAUUCCUGUACUUGCCUAUCCCUGUACUAGCCUAUCCCUGUUUGCCUGUGUGUGUUUAAGUGUGCACCUCGCCUCUCCCUCCUUGUCCCCUCAUUCUGCCCGGGGGCACAUACACACACGCUAUAUUCUUUAUCUGAUUAGCUGACACGUCUGCAUGGAGCUCUGUGCAGUGCGGCGGCUGAGCAGAGCGGAGCAGCGUCAGGCCCCAGGCAGGGCAUGGAUUUCAUUUUAAAAAGUAUCAAAGGUUUACACGCCGCUCGCUUUAAUCAGCAUGUUUAUCAGGCAGAGAGAAAUUGCUGGAAGGACCACAGGGAGAAGGGGGGUUAUCUUAAGGACCAGUUGCCUGGGAAAUUGAUAAUGUCUACAAGGUAAUUUACUGGCAACUUGUGCAUCCCUCCACCGCGCCGCUGCCGAGGCCGGCCCCUCAUUCUAAUUACAGGCCAUGUAAUGUACUAAUGAAGCUGCAGGGUUUGUGUGUGUGCUCUGUGCCUGUCUGGUGAUUUCAUGAGCUGAGAUUGAAUACAUUUUUUGUAUCUGGUUUUAAAUGUACUUAAGUACAGUGGUGGAAAAAGUACUCAAUUGUCAUACUUGAGUAAAAGUACAAAGUAAAAGUAAAUGCUAUACAUCAAAUUCCUUAUAUUAAGCAAACCAGGUGGCACAAUGUUCUUUUUUACAUUUAUUUUUUGGACAGCCUGAGGCACAUUUACAAAUGCAGGAUUUGUGUUUAGUGAGGCCGCCAGAUCAGAGGCAGUAGGGAUGACAGCGCGUUAUAUUGAUAGGUGUGUGAAUUGGACCAUAUUGCUGUCUUGCCUGAGCAUUCAAAAUGUAACGAGUACUUUUGGGUGUCAAGAAAAAUGUAUGGAGUAAAAAGUACAUUAUUUUCUUUAGGAAUGUAGUGGAGUAAAAGUAGUCAAAAAUAUAAAUUGUAAAGUACAGAUACCAAAAAAAACGACUUAAGUUGUACUGAAGUUUUUUUAACUUCAGUACUUUACACCACUGUGGACUGGUAAAGUUCUGCCUCUCUGUAAAGGGGUUUUGUAUGUGUGUUUGUGCUCAGUUCCGCUCUUUGUAAUGGUCCCGGACCUUACAGUGUGGUGGGACAGGCCCAUCUCCAGUUUACACAAGGCUACUGAAAAGAACCAGACUGGCUCUGCUGCUCCAGUUUUAGUGUUGUUGUUCUGUUGCUCUGGCUCCAGACACGCCCAGCCAACCAGGCCCAGCCAGGACAAGGAGUUAGGCUCCAUCCUAUAUCCUCCACCCCCUUCACUAGGGGAUGUGCAGGACCAGGAAAGCCUUGAUACGACCAUCCCCACCUAUCUGAUGGAGGGAAAGAACACUGUUUUCUCAGACUCUGUGCAUGUGUGUGUGUAUUCGUGUGUGUGUGUGUGUGUGUGUGUGUGUGUGUGCUCAUAGACAUCCUUAUCGCAUAGUUUCCUAUUUUUUUCUUUUAGUGAUAUUUAGAUGGUUAUGUGACCUUUUUGCCCAAUUAGAUAAUGACAAGACAUCACCAUGGCUCUGUAACUUGGUAAAAUAAACACUCAUAUGACGGAACAGGAAACAGUUGUGAUGUCAGUAUACAGUAACAAAAAGUUUCCUUCCCUCUCUGCUAUUCACAGGAAAAGGAGGCUGUCGUGGCAGUGUCUGUAGGGGCCAUUCGCUCAGACUACCAGAGAGUACGGGUGGAAAAGGUGUAAGUAGAACACACACACACACACACACACACACACACACACACACACACAAACACACAUUACCUAUAAUAUCUCAGACUGACGCACAUGGCCCUCUGUCAGAAAAACUAUGUGCUUGAGAGACACUGUAUUUCAAACAAAGAUGAUGUACAUUUGUUUACUCCAUGAUGUUUAGUCUCGCUGUAUUUUUAUGUUUACAGUUUUAUUACCAGAAUGGCCAGUGGCUUACGUACGUCAUGGGAUACAAUGUAUUGUUAUACAAUUGUUGUAACACCACAUCAGACAGGACACAUAUCCACAUGUUUAUGUACAGUAGGACAUUGAACACUGGAUACAGGUGAAAGGGUUUAUAUGACAGUACCUCUCUCUCACUCUCUCUCUCUCUCUCUCUCUCUCUCUCUCUCUCUCUCUCUCUCUCUUUAACACACACACACUCUCACACCGCAGGCGUUCUCUGAGACACAGACAUGUACGCCCAAGAGUUUUGGCUUCAGUUACCUGCACACUGCCUAUGUGAGUGUGUUUGUGCAUGCAAGUGUAUGAGUGUGUUGUGUAUGCAAGUGUGUGUUGUGUGUGUGACACAGACAACUCUAGCGUAAAGUGUGUGCCAUCUUAAGAUAAUUCCCCCUGUUUAAUUCCCCCUCUUCAACGGAAUCUGCUGAACAAAGCCACUGGCACCAGAGACGGUUCAGAGCACGUGCCAUGUGAGCCUCGACGUGGCAGCCUGCCUGCAAAACUAGCUAAAGUGCCCGAUGCACUUUGAAGUUCUUGUGAUCCUUGUAAGUUUUCAGUCUGACCUACCUCCUCACCCUCUUUUCUCUCCCUCCUUCCCUCCCUCCCUCCCUCCCUUUUAUAUCUUAAUAUUUGUAAUAUUCAUUUAGCAGAUGCUCUUAUCUAGAGCGACUUACAGUAGUGAGUGCAUACAUUUUCAUACUGGCCCCCAUGGGAAUCGAACCCACAACUUUGGUGUUGCAAGUGCCAUGCUCUACCAACUGAGUCCCUCCAUACCGCCUCACCUCUUCCCCCAGGUGUGUACGGCUGGGUCUGCAGCCCCUGGCCUACCUGUGGCUUCGCGACCAGGCGACCCUGCUCUCCGAGAUUAUAUUGUGUGACCUCCACACCCUCCUUAUCAAAGUGGCUACCUUUGGUGGAUCUCCCUCCCUCUCUUCCUCUCUCUUUGUCUCUCUUUCUCCAGGGCAGCGGGUGAGCAGUCCAACCUCGCCCAUCUCUGAUUGUCGGCUUAAUGUUCACCCCUUUUUUCACUCCAAAAGGUCCAGGUUAAGUAGGAGGGUUUGUGAGUGGGGAGAGUUUGAGGUUUGGGGUGGGGAGGGGAGGUAGAGGGAGGGUUGGUAUAACCAGAGAGAGAGAGUAAUGUGCAAUGCCCCGAAUCAUCAAUCUGUGCUUUUUAGCUGUGAUCUUAAGACUUGUGCCAGGGGGUGAAGGCAGCAGUGGAGAGGAAUAUGAAUAGAUCGAUAAAUAAGAAGCAGAUGCACUGGCGUUGCACACACCCCUAGCCAGAGUAUGUGAGCGGAGCUGGAGCGGAGCGAGGAGCGGAGAGUGCCCAAUUUGACUGAAGCGCGUAGUGAGAUUCCCAAAGGCUGGAGCGUCGGCCUUCUCGCCUGCUCCAAUUUCACUCCAGAGCGCUCCAGUAGCGCUCACUUCACCAGCUCAGGGCACGCCGUCCCAGCAUGCAUUUGUAGUCUACUUGUGUGCUGCUAUAGCCCCUUACUUUAACUACUGUCAUGGAGUUCACUAAAUAUUUUCAUAAAGAAACUGAUAAAAGUCACAGGUGCUAAAUCAAGGUGACUUACAAAGAUGAGGACCAACAGCAAGAGAGGGGGUGUGGUGUUGUAGUGUCCACAACUAAAGAAUUAUUGUGGAAUCUGAAAAGACACGUAUCCCGAUGGUGUACUACGUUCACAUGCUAACAGAAAGGAAUGAGGUGGGUAGCUAGCUAAGUGUGUCAUUGUAGCAAACUAUUAAUAAACUAUACAUCAAAUCUGUUAAAGGUUUCAUUCAUUUUCGUUCUAUUGUCUAUACAAUAGGCCAUAAUUGAUUUUGUCCCUACAGGCCUGGCAUAUUCCCACGUUCAAGGAGCUUUCUGUUUUGAUUUGGUUAUUUUGCCUAAAAACCUUUAGGCCUACCUAAAGAAAAAUAAAAAAACAACUGCAUCUCUGCCAAACCUGGCAAGAGUGGCCAAAAGGGUGUUUAGCAUCCCCAGUGGCUCUGCAAGUGUGGAGAGGAUGUUCUCCGCUGCUGGCCGGCUCUACAGGCACCAUCGCAUGAGCCUGAAGCCACAGACUGGCCAAACUCAUGUUUCUAAAAAUGAACUCUAAAAAUGAAUUCAAAGGCCCUAAUAAGUCAUUUUUUGUUUAAUUUGUAUUUAAUUCUAAGUAAGUCACAGCCUAUAUGUGCAAUUUAUAGACUAUAAUGAUUUAAUACAACAAAAUGUUGUUUAAAUGCUGAGAGCUUUAUGUCCCUACCAUUCUAUUGUCGCACUCACAAAUGCUUCACAAUGUAUUUCUUUGUAGGCUAGAGCCUUGAAAUAAUUGAAAUAAUAUAGCCUAAAUAAUUCAUUAGGCUCCCUGUCUGGCUCCUGACCUAUUUAGAGUGUUUAUAUGCUGUUUAAUAUGACAUGUAGCCUAUUUGAAAUGAUGUGCACUUCUUACAUUCACCUUUUCAUGUUUAUUCAAAUACUUUUCAUUCAAAUCCAUAUGGUUUGGUUUCAAUACUUCAAAUCCAAAUGGUAGGUCCAGGUAGUCACAAAAAUAGAUGGGUGUUGGUUAAAUUGUGAUUUUAAUGAAUGGAGCUAAUUUGGAGCUGCGUUUUUUUUCUUCUGUGAGCGCAGUGCGGUUUUUUGCGGAGUGGUUGGAAAGGACAUGGAGGACCGGAGUGGUGCGCACCACUCCAUGAGCGAUGAGCGGGAUUUCCAACAGCUCAACUCUGCUCACAUGCUCUGACCCCCGUAGCCCCCGCAAGGAGUGGAGGCCCCCCAGAUAGCAUAUGAACAUGUCAUAAGCCAUGAAAUAAUUUAGCUUGAAUUAGCUUGAAAACUGCAAAAUUCUCUCUCAGCCUCAUGGCAAAAUGUGUAGAAUAGCAGGAAAUUAGCUCAGAGAUUCUUGAAAGUCGGGACAAUCCUUGUCCGGCAGGGAAACUCUAUUUUUAUAGUAAAGAAUAAAUAAAUGUUGUUGCAUUAUUUGACCACCCCAUGGUCCGUCAAGUUCUCUACUUUUGAUAGAUUUAAACAAACAAUAUUGGAAUCACCAUGGUCUCAACCGUAAACUGUCAACUCCAUCUGCCUGAUAGAUUAAGAUAGAAUAUGCAUGUUGGUUCAACUAUGUUACAUUUAUUUAGGUUUUAGAGUCAUAAAGCAACUGAGAAAUAUGCCACUUGAAUUAUGAAGAAAAAUGAACAUUUUGUCAACUCUGUAAAACAUCAACUCCGUCAGAUUUUUGUCUAAGAUCAACUCCAUUGAGUGCUGAAAGAUCUGAUAGGAUGGUUCUGUUUUUAUUGCUAAUUUCCACAUGAAUAAUUUUCCAUCUUUUACAAAUGUUUGUAUUGAACUUUUAUUUUUAGAGGCAGUAAUACGUCUGUUUUGAGUAUCUGUUGUCAACUCUGUCAGUGGCUUGUCAACUCUGUCACAAUUAUUUUGUCAAUAUUCUGAAGGUGGAAAAAAACACUGUUUUGCAACAUAUGAUUACACAAUUCAAAUCAAAUCAAAUUGUAUUUGUCACAUUCGCGGAAUACAACAGAUGUAGACCAUACCGUGAAAUGUUUACUUACAAGCCCUUAACCAACAAUGCAGUUUUAAGAAAAUAGAGUUAAGUUAAAAAAAAAAAGUGACACAAUAAAAUAACAAUAAUGAGGCUAUAUACAGGGGGUACCGGUACCGAGUCAAUGUGCGAGGGUACAGGUUAGUCGAGGUAAUUUGUACAUCUAGGUAGGGGUAAAGUAUUUGCUGUGCUAGACCUAAGGGAUAAUGUUUGCUUUAUAAAUGUUGCUUUAUGUUCUAAAUCUAGAAAAACAUGCCAAAAUGUGAACUAUACUAAACAAAAAUAUAAACGCAACAUGUAAAGUGUUGGUCCCAUGUUUCAUGAGAUGAAAUAAAAGAUCACAGAAUUUUUCCAUACGCACAAAAAGCUUAUUUCUCUAAAAUAUUGUGCACAAAUUUGUUUACAUCCCUGUUAGUGAACAUUUCUCUUUUGCCAAGAUAAUCCAUCCACCUGACAGGUGUGUCAUAUCAAGAAGCUGAUUAAACAGCAUGAUCAUUACACAGGUGCACCUUGUGCUGGGGACAAUAAAAGGUCACUCUAAAUUGUGCAGUUUUGUCACACAACACAAUGCCACAGAUGUCUCAAGUUUUGAAGGAGCAGGCAAUUGGCAUGCUGACUGCAGGAAUGUCAACCAGAGCUGUUGCCAGAGAAUUGAAUGUUAAUUUCUCUACCAUAAGCCAACGUCGUUUUAGAGAAUUUGGCAGUAUGUCCAACCGGAGUCACAACCGCAGACCACGUGUAACCAAGCCAGCCCAGGACCUCCACAUCCGGCUUCUUCACCUGCGGGAUCAUCUGAGACCAGCCACCCGGACAGCUGAUGAAACUGAGGAGUAUUUCUGUCUGUAAUAAAGCCCUUUUGUGGGGAAAAACUCAUUCUGAUUGGCAGGGCCUGGCUCCCAAGUGGGUGGGCCUAUGCUCCAGCCCAGUCAUGUGAAAUCCAUAGAAUAGGGCCUAAUUUAUUUAUUUCAAUUGACUGAUUUCCUUAUAUGAACUGUAACUCAGUAAAAUCGUUGAAAUUGUUGCAUGUUGCUUAUAUAUUUUUGUUCAGUAUAAAUUAGCCCUGGAGCAUUUAAUAGUGCUAUAACACAAAACAAAAAGAAGUUAGGAGAUUUGUAUUACAUAUUUCAAUAAUCUAAUGUUAAAAUUAUGGGCUCUCGAGUGGCGCAGCGGUCUAAGGCACUGCAUCUCAGUGCUAGAGGCGUCACUACAGACCCUGGUUCGAUUCCAACCUGUAUCACAACCGGCCGUGAUUGGGAGUCCCAUAAGGUGGCGCACAAUUGGCCCAGUGUUGUCCGGUUUGUAAAUAUGAAUUUGUUCUUAACUGACUUGCCUAGUUAAAUAAAGGUAAAAUAAACAAAUUAAAUUAAACAAUCAAGGCCUUUAAACACUUGUUGGAAAAUAAUUGUAAAGAUUAAAUGCCUUAAAUGGUGUCUGACUGAGUUGACAUAAAUCCAGUUAGUUGCAUUUGUAAUAUUAAAACAAAUACAGUCGUAUGAAAAAGUUUGGGCACCCCUCUGAGGCUGCAUAAUAAUUAAUCACAGAAAAUGAUCACAAUGGCAUGCCAUUCAUUUUCUAAUAAAAGCUGAGUACUGGGGUUUUGUCCAGACAAAGAUUUUUAGUGUAGCAAUAUUAAAUUGUAUGAAAUUAUAUCUGAUGUGAAAAAUAGGCUAUGCAAAAAUGUGGGCACCCUUAUCAUUCUGUUGAUUUUAAUACCUGUAACUACUUAGCACUGAUUAAAUGGAACACAAAAUUGGUUUGGUGAGCUCAUUAAGCCUUGAACUUCAUAGACAAGUGCAUCCAAUCAUGAGAAAAGGUAUUUAAGGUGGCCAAUUGUAAGUUGUUGUUCUCUUUGACUCUCCUCUGAAGAGUGGCAACAUGGGGGCCUCAAAACAACUCUCAAAUGACCUGAAACAAAGAUUGUUCAACAUUAUGGUUUAGGGGAAGGCUACAAAAAGCUAUCGCAGAGAUGUAAGCUGUCAGUGUCCACUGUGAGGAAAAUAGUGAGGAAAUGGGAGACCACAGGCACCGUUCUUGUUAAGGCCAGAAGUGGCAGGCCAAGUAAAAUAUCGGAGAGACAAAGGCGAAGGAUGGUGAGAACGGUCAAAAACAGCCCACAGACCACCUCCAAAGACUUACAACAUCAUCUUGCUGCAGAUGGUGUCACUGUGUAUCGUUCAACAAUUCAGCACACUUUGCACAAGGAGAAGCUGUACGGGAGAGUGAUGUGGAAGAAGCUUGAGGUAUGCAAACGCACAUUUGGACAAGCAAGCUUCAUUUUGGAAUAAGGUGCUGUGGACUGAUGAAACAAAGAUUGAGUUAUUUGGUCAUAACAAGGGGCGUUAUGCAUGGCGGCAAAAGAACACAGCAUUCCAAGAAAAACACUUGCUACCCACAGUAAAAUUUGGUGGGGGUUCCAUCAUGCUGUGGGGCUGUGUGGCCAGUGCCGGUACUGGGAAUCUUGUUAAAGUUGAGGGUCGCAUGGAUUCCACUCAAUAUCAGCAGAUUCUUGGGAAUAAUGUUGAAGAAUCAGUCACAAAGUUGAAGUUACGCCGGGGCUGGAUAUUUCAACAAGACAACGACCCAAAGCACUGCUCAAAAUCUACCCGGGCAUUUAUGCAGAGGAACAAGUACAACGUUCUGGAAUGGCCAUCCCAGUCCCCAGACCUGAAUAUCAUUGAGAAUCUGUGGGAUGAUUUGAAGCGGGCUGUCCAUGCUCGGCAACCAUCAAACCUAUCUGAAGUGGAGAUGUUUUGUAAGGAGGAAUGGUCCAAAAUACCUUCAUCCAGAAUCCAGACACUCAUUAGAGGCUAUAGGAAGCGUCUAGAGGCUGUUAUUUUAGCAAAAGGAGGCUCUACUAAAUAUUGAUGUGAUUUUUCUGUUGGGUGCCCAAAUGUAUGCACCUGUCUAAUUUCGUUUUGAUGCAUAUUGCACAUUUUCUGUUAAUCCAAUAAACCUAAUUUCACUACUGAAAUAUGACUGUGUCCAUCAGUUAUUUGAUAGAUCAAAAUGAAUGGGGGGGGGGGGGGGGGGGGGGGGGUUUGCUUGGAUCCGCGAAGCUGCGCUACGCCAUUGAUCAGAAGGGAGGAGGUGGGGAGGAGGAGGAGUGAGAAGUAGGGGAUCUUGGCAGUUGAGUAACGGCGAGCACAGUUGAUUGCACAGCGCAUUAAUGAAACCUGUCAAUAACCCUAUUGUGUUGGUAGGCUGGUGUUGCGUACCUCUCUGCUUUUACAUACCUCAAAAUAUAUGGGCUGUGAAGAGUAGAUUAAAAUCUACUAUAUCUCAUUUAAGCUUUUAAACGGCCCCGGCAAGAAUGGAAAAGGUGAAUGUAUCGUCACCUAGGUAUGUCUUCUAAGCCAUUGUGGAGCCUGGGGGAUAGAGGGAUUGGGUUGCUGAAUAAGAGGAUAUAUGUUUUUUUUCUCUUCAGUUUGGUGUGUGAAGAGUGCUACCUGUAUCUACUUGACAGUGGAGUUGGAUCCCUUUGACAGUGCAAGUGAUAAAUGAUAAUUCCGUGGUAAAUGGCUAUUUUUACUCUCAAACCACUUGUAGCGAUACAUCAUUAUGGAGACACUGUUUACGUGCUCUUAAGUGCUUGUUGGUGCAUUUUGGAGCAAUCAGUUGAAAGGGGUGCCAGCUAGACUGAUGACCUAGUGAACUGAAUGGCAUGACGUGUUCAGGUUUCUAGAUGUCUCUCAAAACCAUUGAUAUGGCCACUGUUGGAAUGUAGUUCAUCAUCUAAAUUGUAUAAUUAGGGUUCUCUUUGCAGCGUAUCUAUUUCUCCUAUUUGAAUGUUUGAGGAGGUAGUCUAUGACUAGGCCUAGUAUAUUUCCUCAAACUUGAAUCUUUAGCUUUUCAAAGAGAGAGAUAAUCUAAAGAAUCCAAUUCUGAGCCUGUUAUAAUUUUACUGAGAUCGUUGUGUUCUAGCAGCUCUGUAAAGUAAAUGUAUUAUCAUUGUGUUCUUACUUAGUUUCUGUUCGAUCUGUGGAAGUCCCUUUAUCUAGCUUUAACACCGUGCUCUUGACUCUUCUCCCUUUGAUAUCAAUGAUCACACUGUCCUUUCUUCCACCCUGUCUGAACGCAAUUAACCUAGAGGAUGUUAGAGAAGAGAGUAAUUAUGCUAUUGCAGGGCUUUUUAAAACAACACCAUCUUCAUUUGGUCGCCGAGACAAAGUCUCUUUGUGUCUGGCCCAGGAAUGCUGCUCUGCUCUGCUAUAUGGUGCUGCUCUCUGCUAUCGCCCCAGCAUCACUAUUCCCUUCAAAUUAGCGCCUGAAGUCAUCCACGGCCAAAGAAAACACCUCACCUCAAAGUCCCCCAGCAACCGGGCCACCGUACCGCCAAGCAUUCAACCCCUUCUCUUAACACAUACUCCUCUAAAAGCAAAUUCCACACAUUUCUUUCAAAUGCUAUAAUUAGAAAGGAAAACAGCUCAGGUGUGCCAGGGCUGUGUGUGUGUGUGUGUGUGUGUGUGUGUGUGUGUGUGUGUGUGUGUGUGUGUGUGUGUGUGUGUGUGUGUGUGUGUGUGUGUGUGUGUGUGUGUGUGUGUGUGUGUGUGUGUGUGUGUGUGUGUGUGUGUGUGUGUGUGUGUGUGUGUGUGUGUGUGUGUGAGAGAGAGAGAGAGAGAGAGAGAGAGUUUAUUUGUGUGAUUAUUAGUGUGUGUUUUUUGGCUACAGGUAGAAAGGGAAGAUCUUAUCAUGGUCCCUUACUCCUCACCUGUCCUGAGGCAGGGGGAAUUAGAAAUGAGAGAAUUGAAUGGCGCCGUGAGCGCCUCUGGCCCUUUUAAGGCACCACUCAAAUAAUUGCUGCUUUGGUUCGAAGCAGGUCUGAGCAGGGAGGUGUGCUCUUUGGGGGGUAUUGGGUGACAGAGGGGUGUACCUGAGGGGAUAAGGUAUGGUGCGAGAGGGAUUUACCUUCACAGACCUCAGGAGGAGAUAAAAACAGCUCUCUCAGGGCAGAGGUCAAAGCCACAUCUGAAAUGACAGAGAAUGCAGCGAUGUUUAUAUGCUAUUGGUUCUUCUGGCACUGUCUGCAAGAUAUGUUUUUCUUUGGGAGGAUGGCGACUGCGUGGCGACUGCAUGGUAGUUUGAAUGUAAUAUUCCUUUAUUACCUACUUAGAGAAACAGGUGAAAAUUAGUGGUACACCGAUAACAAAAAAAUGCAUUUGCAGCUGCUUUUGCUUUUUUUCUGUGAAGAGAAGAGAUUUUGAAGGUGACAAAUCCCCAAUUGCCAAAAGACAGUUGGAGAAAGAAAGAGAGAAAGAAUAGACUGAAAAAUAUUAUUUUCAGAUUUCUGUCUCCUGAAAUCCUAUGUAGUGAAGGCUAUUGAACUUCUUUAGAUAUAGAGCAUAGCAGAACAUUAUAAAACCUAAAGAACAUUUCUCUGUAAAUGUGCAUUAUGUGUAUUAGAAGAUAAUAAAGUUUUACUUAAGUAGUAUUAGACGAUAAUGAAGUUUUACCUAAGGCCUCCCGAGUGGCGCAGUGGUCUAAGGCACUCUAUCACAGUGCAAGCUGUGCCACUAGAGAUCCUGGUUCGAAUCCAGGCUCUGUCGUAGCCGGCCACGACCGGGAGACCCAUGGGGCGGUGCACAAUUGGCCCAGCAUCGUUUGGCCCUUCUCGCCACAAUGAACUGAAGCAGCAAUAUUUGAUAUCAAGUUUUACCACUUACAUUUUGCUGCUAGUAUGGUCACCAGCAAUAGUCAGUGGUACCUAUUGGAUUUCAAUUCUGCAGGAUCUUUGUUUCGUUUAUAUUUAGUGUCUUAGACUUUUUCUAAAAGGAUAAAGUCUGUGUAAAACGUGCAAGAUACAUUGGUUAUAAUUACCCACAAUUUGUCUUUUUUAAUUUGUUGGAUUUAAAAGACACCCUGCCUAUAAUUCCUCUCAGAGACAUUGAAUUUCAGAUAAGAGCUUGAACAAAUCUUCACAUAUAACCUUAAUCUUAUCAUCUUUUGUUUGUGGCUGCCUCCUUCCCUCACUAUCUCCUCCCUUUCUUUCUCUUUCUCUCUCCCUUUGUAAGAUGAGGUGAUACUGAACAGCUAUUGUUUUCGCUAAGGUCUUUGAGAGCCUUGUUCAAAGGCUUGACGCGGCUCACCUUCUAGCGGGAGAUGCUUAUUUCAUGCAUUUAAAAGCUAAAAUGUUUCACAUCAUGAAUCAAAUUUUCUCUCCCUUUUCUCUCUGAAGGUAAGGAUUAAAGCCAAGCUGUCAGUCGGCAGGCAUGCCAGAUUUUAAGACGACUCACGGAUGGCUGCGAUACUCUGCUUUUGCUCUGGCAGUAUCUAGAAUCUCUCUCCCAGGUUUUAAUUUAGAAUUAGGUGCAAUGUAGCAGAGCGCCAAAGACACUGAGCCAGAGAAAAACACUAGUUUCAAUUAAGAAGGUAACUCAUGCUAUAGGUUUACAUGAAUCAAUGGAUGAUAUGUGCUUAGGCCAUUUCCAGUGGUUAAAAAGUAUACACAAGGUUUUGCUUUUCUGCUGAAAUAGUUGUGAUUCCAUACGUCUGAGAGAGAGCCAAAGGAGAGUUCAGAAAGGAGUGAGUGCACCUUUUUGUCUGUUCACACUGCCUUUUGUUUCAAACCUUUUGUUUCAAAGAUCAGUUUAUUAUGAUUAGACUACUUUAAAAAAGUGUUUGUUUGAAGUAGUAUAAUAAGCAGAUAGUCAUAAAUAUGAGUUUAGCUACCUUUUUUAAAGUAUUAUUGUAGUAAUUCCAUCUUUCCGCACUAUUUGUUUUGUGUACAGCAUAACCAUCAAUGCACUUACAGAAAUAACAUUUUUAUACAGUAUUUGCAAAGUUUUACAUGUCACUAUGAUUUAGACUUGAACAUAUUACUGAUGUGACUGUUCAAAGAGCCAACACUCCUCUUUUUCCACACUCAUAUCAAGCAUUGGCACAGUGGCAGAGUAAUUUUGCGAACACAGAACCCCUUAAAAUGCGUUUACUCAUUACUCGACUCUCUGGUUUGAGGAGUUCACUGAAUUUAAUUGCGGUUUUAUAGGAUAAUACGGGAUAAAAAGCCUUUUAAGGGCCAGCCAUUCCUUUUUGUCUCCAAGGAAAGCUUCUCUCUCCAAGUGUGGCCAACCUGUCUCUGGUGGCAGACAAAUGGCAGCUUCUAGUGGGCUUAUUUGGGUUUAAUGUGGCAUAAUGAGGUUAGGUAAUUGGGUUUAGGUCAGGUUGUAAAACAGGUUGAGAGGAGACAGGGAUGUGAAGACCAUGUAAAUGAGUGCAGUGUUAGAUUGCUGGAUGAAGCUAACAGUAACGGUGUGCUGCUGGGCUCACAGUAGUCACUAAGUGACACUCCCCAAACCUGUCUAGUAUGGAUUCAGUUAGUCCUAUCUUAUGGUUUAGCAAGAAGAAGAUGAACAGAUUUCUGUUGCCGUCCGUUAUUCGUUAAUUGUGGAAUUUCAUGAAGUUGAAACUACUUUUAUGUCAUUGGAAAAUUGGCAUCUCAAGUCUCAAUAGUUAUAUACUGUAUGGUAUUACUGUACGGUAUAUGGUAUUGUAUCACUUAUUCCUGUCACGCACAUCUCUAAGCGCUUGCAACCUCCCUCCCUGUAAAUAUCAAAUCAUGUAUCAUAUAUUAUUUAGGAUUAGUGGAAGUUAAUGAACACAUUAAAAAAGCAACAUCCCCUCAGCAAUUUGAAGCCAAUCGUUAAAAUGUGUUAAAAGGCAUGACUAAUUUUUCUCCUCCGUAUUACCUUUGUGAGGGGUAAAGAUGAGAGGAUGUCGAGAUUCGAUUUUCUCACACUAAUUAAGGCCACAGCUCCCCUGGGUGGAGAACAAGAGCCUGGCUCAUUCACUCCUUUUACACUCCUCUCCCUUCUCUCAUUCUCUCCUUCCCUCCCUCCCCCUGGUCUUCUCUCGCUUCUCCACAGCGCCGGACCAUGGGAGCCUAGUUGAGGCUUAAUUUGAAACCCACUUUGGGAUUCUGCACGCCCCUCUCCAGAUGAGCUGUGGAAUCAAACUUCGACCUUUGAUGUUGUCAGGACAAGAAGAGAAGAUCUUUUUUCUCAUUAUGAUUAGCCUAACUUUUCCUUUCUAAUUAAAUAUAGACACUUGAUGAGCAGGAAUGGAUUAAUUUGAAUGGUAUAAUGAAUGUUCUGAGGUUUUGGUAACCUAAUAUAUCGGAACAGAAUACUGUGGUGAUUUGUAGGUUGCGUUGGCAAAAUACCAUAUUAGUCUGUUAUAGGUAAUUACUUACAUGUUUGUUAAUGUGUCAGACUAUGUAUGGACAGCCACACUGACAAGAUAUGGAUAUGGGUGAAAUUAAGUGAGCAACAACAACAAUAAACUCAGUCACAUGGAGCUGGAUUUAGCCCUAGUUAAUCUUGUCUAAAGUGGUCUCCAUGGCUGUAGAAUCAGUUAGUCUAGAUAUAUUGGAUUGGCUGAGGCUAAAGCAUUAACAGGAAACCACUUUAGGAUAACUUAUAUGAAGCCUUUUUAGUCAUGGUGUUCACCUGGUUUCACCUUAAUGGGCAUUUGACCCAACAUAUGUUGUUUAGCUUUUGUCUUUUAUUGUGUCUGCUGAGUAACAUGUUGUUUCAUUGGCUGUUUGAAGUUAAGAGCAAGUGGGGUCACCUGGGGUGAUACCAUAAUUAGCUUGUUUGUUUGUUUACUUGAGGAUCAGAGUUGUUUAUUCUUAGACAAUAUUGUGUGACCUCAUCGGCUUCCUCAUCAAAGGGCUAAAGGUCGGAUAGGAGGCGUCAUCAGGAACAGGUGUCAGGAAAAGUCUGACAGGCAGACAUAGGGUUUUGUGUCACGCAGAGUAAAACUAUCAACACUUAACGAGAUAGAGGGAACACAAACUGUUAGUGGCCUUAAUGCGCAAGUAACCUAUAACCUAAUUGAGAUGCUAAGCCAUUUAUACAGCCAUAGUGGCUGUUACUGGCUAAUGUUGGAAUCUCUAAGAAUUGGGUGACUGCCUGGCUUAUACAGUGAGGGGAAAACGUAUUUGAUCCCCUGCUGAUUUUGUACGUUUGCCCACUGACAAACUAAUGAUCAGUCUAUAAUUUUAAUGGUAGGUUUAUUUGAACAGUGAGAGACAGAAUAACAACAAAAUAAUCCAGAGAAACGCAUGUCAAAAAUGUUAUAAAUUGAUUUGCAUUUUAAUGAGGGAAAUAAGUAUUUGACCCCCUCUCAAUCAGAAAGAUUUCUGGCUCCCAGGUGUCUUUUAUACAGGUAACGAGCUGAGAUUAGGAGCACACUCUUAAAGGGAGUGCUCCUAAUCUCAGUUUUUUACCUGUAUAAAAGACACCUGUCCACAGAAGCAAUUAAUCAAUCAGAUUCCAAACUCACCACCAUGGCCAAGACCAAAGAGCUCUCCAAGGAUGUCAGGGACAAGAUUGUAGACCUACUCAAGGCUGGAAUGGGCUACAAGACCAUCGCCAAGCAGCUUGGUGAGAAGGUGACAACAGUUGGUGCGAUUAUUCGCAAAUGGAAGAAACACAAAAGAACUGUCAGUCUCCCUCGGCCUGGGGCUCCAUGCAAGAUCUCACCUCGUGGAGUUGCAAUGAUCAUGAGAACGGUGAGGAAUCAGCCCAGAACUACACGGGAGGAUCUUGUCAAUGAUCUCAAGGCAGCUGGGACCAUAGUCACCAAGAAAACAAUUGGUAACACACUACGCCGUGAAGGACUGAAAUCCUGCAGCGCCCGCAAGGUCCCCCUGCUCAAGAAAGCACAUAUACAGGCCCGUCUGAAGUUUGCCAAUUAACAUCUGAAUGAUUCAGAGGAGAACUGGGUGAAAGUGUUGUGGUCAGAUGAGACCAAAAUCGAGCUCUUUGGCAUCAACUCAACUCGCCGUGUUUGGAGGAGGAGGAAUGCUGCCUAUGACCCCAAGAACACCAUCCCACCGUCAAACAUGGAGGUGGAAACAUUAUGCUUUGGGGGUGUUUUUCUGCUAAGGGGACAGGACAACUUCACUGCAUCAAAGGGACGAUGGACGGGGCCAUGUACCGUCAAAUCUUGGGUGAGAACCUCCUUCCCUCAGCCAGGGCAUUGAAAAUGGGUCGUGGAUGGGUAUUCCAGCAUGACAAUGACCCAAAACACACGGCCAAGGCAACAAAGGAGUGGCUCAAGAAGAGUGGCUCAAGAAGAAGCACAUUAAGGUCCUGGAGUGGCCUAGCCAGUCUCCAGACCUUAAUCCCAUAGAAAAUCUGUGGAGGGAGCUGAAGGUUCGAGUUGCUAAACGUCAGCCUCAAAACCUUAAUGACUUGGAGAAGAUCUGCAAAGAGGAGUGGAACAAAAACCCUCCUGAGAUGUGUGCAAACCUGGUGGCCAAAUACAAGAAACGUCUGACCUCUGUGAUUGCCAACAAGGGUUUUGCCACCAAGUACUAAGUCAUGUUUUGCAGAGGGGUCAAAUACUUAUUUCCCUCAUUAAAAUGCAAAUCAAUUUAUAACAUUUUUGACAUGUGUUUUUCUGGAUUUUUUUGUUGUUAUUCUGUCUCUCACUGUUCAAAUAAACCUACAAUUAAAAUGAUAGACUGAUCAUGUCUUUGUCAGUGGGCAAACUUACAAAAUCAGCAGGGGAUCAAAUACUUUUUUCCCUCACUGUACUUUCUAAGGUGAGGUCUUAUUGCUCUCUAAGCUUUGAUCUGAGAUAACAUGAGGAUGAAGAGACUGAAGUAAGAGGUAAAGGUGUUAUUGGAAUGUGGCACUGGUGGGUACUGAAUUCUGGCUACUGGCUACACAGACGUACAGUACCCAUCUUCUUCCUAUCCUCCUGUUUUUCUCUCUGCUGCCCCACACAGCUGAGGGCCUGUGAGUCACUUCCAUGCACCGUUUAAGGGGAAGGAGAGGGGAAAGGCAAAUAAACAGAAUCUCUCUCUCUCUCUCUCUCUCUCUCUCUCUCUCUUUUCUCUCUCUUUUCUCUCUCUCUCUCUCUCUCUCUCUCUCUCUCUCUCUCUCUCUCUCUCUCUCUCUCUCUCUCUCUCUCUCUCUCUCUCUCUCUCUCUCUCAGAGUUUAGGUUCUCAAAGAAAACCAGACCAGGGGUGCUUCUCUUGUUUUGCCACGCUACGACUGAAAGCUGUUACCCUUACCCGGAGAGAUCUGUGUACAUUACUUGCAAAGUCAAAUAGAUCCAGGGUGCAGGUUUACGUGUGUCUGCCCGUAAAGCCUCUUUGCCUGUCAUCUUCAAUCUCUGUUCUCUGUCCCUGAUCAGGCCUCCUGCUCUCUCUCUUCUCCUGUGUGUGUGUGUGUGUGUGUGUGUGUGUGUGUUUGGCAGGGCUGGACCCUGAGAAACACUUGGGGAAACCUCUGGCUGACAUGGAGCCCUAUCUAACUCAGGUCAGAGCGUUACCUCACCAGGCUGGACCUGCCUUUGUUGUACACUUCUGUCACCCUGAAUGAACUCACUAAAGGCUGACCUCAUUCAAACUUUGACUGCUUACUAUGCAUCAUUGAUUUUAAUCUAAUGACUCAAUAUAUGACCAACAGUAAUGUUUUGGCUAGUGUUUCAAAGAUACAUUAUUUGAUUUAGAGUAAAGUGAUGGCUUUUAGGAUGGAUCUUAAAAUUAUAUGAUUAUAAACAUGAAUUGUUUUGUUUUUGUUGGACAGCUCUCUCAGAAGUAUGGAGAAGGGGGCAGAUAAGAGGCGUUUACUCUUGACUGUCCUCUAUUCAAGAGGAGACUUGUUAUGUAAGUCCAGAAUUGAACGUUGUAAGGCUAUCUUUCUUGAAAUGAAUGUACACUUUUCUUGCGUCAGACAAGAUGUGCUGUUGUAUGAAAUAUAUAAAAGUUUGUAAAUUUUUCUGCAGUGAUGCUAUGGAGACAGUGAUUCCACUCUGCAGACGCAUUUGCUCCGUUUGGCUACAUGCACUUCAGCAAGAUGCACACAGAGGACAAAGAGAAUAUAAGUCUUGCUUUUGCAGAGUUAGGCUAUUUUUGUGUCAGAGUUAGGCUAUUUUUGUGUCAGUUAGGCUAUUUUGUGUCAGUUAGGCUAUUUUUGUGUCAGUUAGGCUAUUUUUGUGUCAGAGUUAGGCUAUUUUUGUGUCAGUGUUUAGGGGUUUCAGUUCAAGUUGUUAAUGCAAUUCAAUGUUUUACUUUAUAUUAUUAAGGAUAUUAACAAAAUGAAUCACACUUCUACACCAUGAUACAGAAUUCAUUCAGUAAACAGAACAAAUAGUACAGAACAUCCCCUGAUAGUUGCUUUUUUGAUGCGUGAUACGUUUGCUUAUAGAAAAAAAAAGGAGGGAAAGCACUGUGGGGCAGGGGAGAGAUAAGCCUCCAGAGGGUCUCCCUCUCUCCAUCUCUCCCUUUCUCCAUCCCUCUCUCGUCUAGCUCUACUUUGAUGUCUGCAAUAUUCACUACUGCCUGAAACUAGGCCUGGCUUAAUAAACAUGUCUGCUCAAAUUAAUGCACUUAGGAUUCAGGUAGCUGGAUAAGCGGACUGGGUGGGGGGAUGGAGGAUGUUGGGGGUGAUGUGGGGAGGCGAUGGGAGUGAGUAAAAAGAGGUGGAGGAGGGUGGAGCUCUGUAGGACGAGGGAUAAUCCUCUGCUUCUAGGGUGACCACAUUUAAAAUACCCAAAUGCGGGACAACAGGAUGAUUUUGCGGGACAUUCGUGGGACCGUGUAGCCUACAUGAAUACAAAAUGUUGGCUCGUUCUUAUAGAAAUAUUGUAUGUAUCAUUAAGGCAAAUGUAGGGAGAUGCCAAAGGUAAACUAUAAUAAACAUGAUUGACAUUUUGUAAUCCAGAUGCAUGUCUAAAUAAGGAAUAUAGCCAAAUACAGUGUGUAAACAUGCUUUAAUGAAUGUAUGUAUAUUAUUUUUAAAAGUGUCUGAGCCACGCCACCAAUAUAAUGAGAUAAGGGGAAGAGGCCUCAUAUGGAAAAGCGCCCAUGGCCUUUUGGAGUAAGCAACAUGUGUUAUUGGACUUUGAAAGAUAAUAGUGGCGUGGCAGUUAAAGAUGUUAAUCAGUUAUCUUAAGGGGAGUAGCUUUGUAUGCUAUGUAAACAUGACUGUGCAUUUGUGUGUGUAUAAAAGAGAUCUCUGAGCCAAAGAGAGACAGUUGCUCCAUGGAGCAAGCUCGGCUUUAUUAUGCAAUGAAGUCUAAUUUUUGGAUUCACAAGCUCCAGUUUCUUGAGAGAUAUUUUUGAGUUGACUACAUUUGAGUCAAAUAUUUCUACGACAUUUGUCACGUUUUACCAGUGAAACGCCCAAACUGCAUCUGCAUGCCAAUCAUUUGAUCUCAAUCCGUUUCAUGGGAGUAUACAUUUAGAUCUUCUUCAAUUACUUUUUCAUGAGCAGAUGGUGUUAACAAACUAUUAGCCUUCCUGUAUUUUGUUUAAAUACAAGCAAAUUCUGCCUAGUGGCUCACACUGUUGAUGUCACGAUCGUCGUAAGCAACGGACCAAGGCGCAGCAUGCGUACAUACUUUAUUAAAUGUACAACACGAACCAAAACAACAAAACAAACGAUACGUGAAGUCCUAGGUUAAACAACAAACCUUACGGAUCAAGAUCCCACAAAGUAACAUGCCCGCAGGCUGCCUAAGUAUGGUUCCCAAUCAGAGACAACAAGCUACAGCUGCCUCUGAUUGGGAACCACCCUGGCCAACAUAGAUCUAAACGAUCUAGAACACAAACAUAGAAAACUAAACAAUGCAACCUACACACCCUGGCUCAACAUAAAGAGUCCCCAGAGCCAGGGCGUGACAGUACCCCCCCCCCCCCCCCAAAGGCGCGGACUGCAACCGCGCCACACCAACACAACAGGGUAGGGGCCGGGUGGGCAUUCCGCCUCGGAGGCGGAUCCGGCUCCGGGCGUGACCACCACACUCUCUCUACCCCCCCGUUGCGCCCCUGGUCUGGUCUGGCCCCGCUGGCCAGAGCUGGACUGAACACCGGUGGAGCGGAUUGCUCUGGCUCCGGCGUGGAGCAGCUGACCGGUGCCUGGGAACAGGCACGGACCGUGCCGGACUGACGACGCGCACCACUGGCUUGGUGCGGGGAGCAGGAACGGGCCGGACCGGGCUGACGACGCGCACCACUGGCUUGGUGCGGGGAGCAGGAACGAGCCGGACUGACGACGCGCGCCACUGGCUUGGUGCGGGGAGCCGGAACGGGCCGGACCGGGCUGACGACGCGCACCACUGGCUUGGUGCGGGGAGCAGGAACGGGCCGGACCGGGCUGACGACGCGCACCAUUGGCUUGGUGCUGGGAGCAGGAACAGGCCGGACCGGGCUGGCGACGCGCACCACUGGCUUGGUGCGGGGAGCAGGAACGGGCCGGACCGGGCUGACAACGCACACCAUUGGCUUGGUGCGGGGAGCAGGAACAGGCCGGACCGGGCUGGCGACGCGCACCACUGGCUUGGUGCGGGGAGCAGGAACGGGCCUGACCAUACUGGGAACACACACCACUGGCCUUGUGCGGGAAUCAGGAACGGGCCGGACCGGACUGGUGACACACACCACUUGCUUGGUGCGAGGAGCGGGACUGGGUUUCCUCAUAAACCUCCGCUCCCUCUGCUGCCUAACUAGUUCCUCUCGCCGUGCCUCCACACUCUCCUUCUCCCUCGUGACCAGUGGCCCCAGUAACCUAGCGGCUUCCUCUGCUAACCGGCUGAACCGCUCUAUCGCGGCCUCCUGCUGCCUCGUCGUCCACGGCGUGAGCUCCCUCCCUAAAAAUUUUUGGGGCUUGUCUCUCCCCCGUGCUCAUGGCCUCCAUCCCUCUUGCCAGACUCUCACUCAUCUCCUCCCAGGUCCAUCCUCUCUCCUCGUCACGCUGCUUGAUCCAGUCGAGGUGGGAUCUUCUGUCACGAUCGUCGUAAGCAACGGACCAAGGCGCAGCGUGAUAUGCGUACAUACUUUAUUAAAUGUACAACACGAACCAAAACAACAAAACAAGCGAUACGUGAAGUCCUAUGUUAAACAACAAACCUUACGGAUCAAGAUCCCACAAAGUAACAUGCCCGCAGGCUGCCUAAGUAUGGUUCCCAAUCAGAGACAACAAGCUACAGCUGCCUCUGAUUGGGAACCACCCUGGCCAACAUAGAUCUAAACGAUCUAGAACACAAACAUAGAAAACUAAACAAUGCAACCUACACACCCUGGCUCAACAUAAAGAGUCCCCAGAGCCAGGGCGUGACAGUUGAGUUCUGGCAACUAAGAUAUUUUUUUGCCUAUUCAGCUAACCACCCUAAAAUCAUAAGAAAACAGUAACAUUAUAUUAUUCUAUUAUAUUUGGUUCUGUUAUGUAGAAUACUAAUUAAUCAUUAUGUGAUCUUCCAAGACAUUGAUUCAACUUUGAUCUAACUUUACUAAUCGUGCACCAUUGUGAGAAGUGGCAGAGCUCGCUCGGGCAGCACUACAUCCCUACUCCCGCUGCAUCGAAUGAGCUAAUUGAAGUGCACAUAGCCUAUAUUAUUUUGCCUCGCGCAACAUUUGGUGAUGCAGAAACGAGAGAACACGUGGCCGUUUUAUGAAAAUCAGGGAAUAUUUGGCCAAGGAAACAUUUCUGGUUGGUCUCAGGAAAGGUAAAACAGUUAGGAAGGGAAACUGUUCAAAUGGGAUUGAGUGAAGUAGCAGCAAAUAUGUUGAAUGAGCAACUAAUGAGCAUCGAGAGCCUCACAAGUUUGACGGAAAUACCUUAUAUCUUUCAGUCUAAUAUGGCUAUUUACCUACUUUUGUAGCGCUUCGUCAGAAUCACGCUCUUUGUAAGGAGUUAGGCAACUGUCCUCUCCAAGUUUAGCUGGAAUUUAGCCCGAAAGGAUUUGAGAAAUGUGAUUGGUUGACGAUAGGCCUAUGACAUUGGCCUAGGUCUCAUCUUGCACUGCGCAGAAUAUCAGAUCUCAGAAACGAUUGGAGAAGUGUUUAUUUUCAUAAGCGCAACGUGACUGCAAGAGACAGGUUGGAAUGUCUGACUGAAAUACAGAACAAAUCAACCUUUUUUUCUAAAUUAGUGGUGUUUGAAUUUGUUGAUAAAAUGCGGGACAUGAUUGUUUGGUUGCGGGACGUGGGACAAAGGACCAAAAUGCGGGACUGUCCUGCACAAUCCGGGACAUGUGGUCAAACUACCUGUUUCCUAUCAUCAAAGUGAGAGAAGAGAGAUUAUCCAGGCCCCACAGUCAGAGCAUCAGAUUGACUCUUAAUCCUUAAAAGUUUAUUGACGCACCCAUGUGUCAAUCUAAGUAACAUAAUCCCCAUCAAAAUCCAUCAGUUUAAACUAGAGAUUAAAUAUGUGUAAAAAAAAAUCAUUUAAAAUCCUUAGCAUUCUUAUACAGUGCAUUCGGAAAGUAUUCAGACCCCUUGACCUUUUCCACACUUUAUUACGUUACAGCCUUAUUCUAAAAUGGAAAAAAUAUUUUUUCCCCCUCAUCAAUCUACACACAAUACCCCAUAAUGACGAAGCGAAAACAGGUUUUUUGAAAUGUUAGCAAAUGUAUUACAAUUUAAAAACAGAAAUACCUUAUUUGCAUAAGUAUUCAGACCCUUUACUAUGAGACUCGAAAUUGAGCUCAGGUACAUCCUGUUUCCAUUGAUCAUUCUUGAGAUGUCUCUACAACUUGAUUGGAGUCCACCUAUGGUAAAUUCAAUUGAUUUGACAUGAUUUGGAAAGGCCCACACCUGUCUAUAUAAGGUCCCACAGUUGACAGUGCAUGUCAGAGCAAAAACCAAGCCAUGAUGUCGAAGGAAUUGUCCGUAGAGCUCAGACACAGGAUUGUGUCGAGGCACAGAUCUGGGGAAGGGUAGCAAAACAUUUCUGAAACAUUGAAGGACCCCAAGAACACAGUGGCCUCCAUCAUUCUUAAAUGGAAGAAGUUUGGAACUACCAAGACUCUUCCUAGAGCUGGCCACCCUGCCAAACUGAGCAAUCGGGGGAGAAGGGCCUUGGUCAGGGAGGUGAACAAGAACCCGAUGGUCACUCUGACAGAGCUCCAGAGUUCCUCUGUGGAGAUGGGAGAACCUUCCAGAAGGACAACCAUCUCUGCAGCACUCCACCAAUCAGGUCUUUAUGGUAGAGUGGCCAGACGGAAGCCGCUCCUCAGUAAAAGGCACAUGACAGCCUGCUUGGAGUAUGCCAAAAGGCACCUAAAGACUCAGACCAUGAGAAACAAGAUUAUCUGGCCUGAAGAAACCAAGAUUGAACUCUUUGGCCUGAAUGCCAAGCAUCACGUCUGGAGGAAACCUGGCACCAUCCCUACGGUGAAGCAUGGUGGUGGCAGCAUCAUGCUGUGGAGAUGUUUUUCAGUGGCAGGGACUGGGAGACUAGUCAGGAUCGAGGGAAAGUUGAACGGAGCAAAGUACAGUGAGAUCCUUGAUGAAAACCUGCUCCAGAGCACUCAGGACCACAGACUGGGGCGACAGUUCACCUUCCAACAGGACAAUGACCCUAAGCACACAGCCAGGAUAAUGACCCUAAGCACACAGCCAAGACAAUGCAGGAGUGGCUUCAGGACAAGUCUCUGAAUGUCCUUGAGUGGCCCAACCAGAGCCCGGACUUGAACCCGAUCUAACAUCUCUGGAGAGACCUGAAAAUAGCUGUGCAGUGACGCUCCCCAUCCAACCUGAUAGAGUUUGAGACGAUCUGCAGAGAAGAAACUGAGAAACUCCCCAAAUACAGGUGUGCCAAGCUUGUAGCGUCAUACCCAAGAAGACUCAAUGUUGUAAUUGCUGCCAAAGGUGCUUCAACAAAGUAUUGAGUAAAGGGUCUGAAUAAUUAUGUAAAUGGUAUAUUUACCUUUUUUAUUUUAAAUAAAUAUGCCCAAAAAAAUAAAAACCAGUUUUUGCUUUGUCAUUAUGGGGUAUUGUGUGUAGAUUGAUGAGGGAAAUGAAUUUAAUCCAUUUUAGAAUAAGGCUGUAACAUAACAAAAUGUGGAAAAAGUCAAGGGGUCUGAAUACUUUCCGAAUGCACUGUAUAUCCUAGAUAUAGGACAAGAGACUUUGUCUUUUUUUGCCAUUUAUGAAUGUGUUAUUUAAUGCGUUUCUAUGGGCCCAACCAGUGAGACAACGUGAAGCUGAAUAAAACAACAGCAUCUGGGUCAGUUACUCUGCUGUGCAUAGUGUUUGUGAUAAAGAAAACCAGUAGAUAAUUGAGGAUUAGAAAUGGUUAGAGACACUGGGAUAAGAGGAAGAGAGUGAAGAAGAGUGAAAGAGAUCUACAGUAGGUCCAGUCCAUGAUGAAGAGGCUCUGCGUGUGUGUGUGUGUGUGUGUGAGAGAGAAAAGGGGUUUCAGAGUGUGCGUUUGUGUAGGGGUCAGGGGUGGGUUUGUGUGUGUGUGUGUUUGUGUGUAUCGGGGAGGUAGCCUAUUGCGGUGCUUCAGGGACAGAGGCAGGGGUUGGGGUUGUUAUUAUGGACAGAAACCAUAACCUCCAACCCCGGUGACCCUCCAGCUUUCAUCCUCCAUGCCUACAGCUAUGUAUUUUCGACCCCCAUACACACACCCCUUCCACCCAUACACACUCACCCAUCCCCACAGCCCCUCUAGGUUGCUGGGUGGGGGAGGAGCAGAGCAGGGAGAUUCCCUGGGCCUGGGAUCCAGGGGAGAGGAAAACCUGCCUCAUGCUGCAGUCCAAAGCUCUUUCCAUCAGGGUGACAGAUCGGCCCUGACACCAGCACUAGAGGACUAGAGGAGUGGGUGGUGGGCAACACGGGGGGAAUCAAGGCCCUCCAUCAUUUGCCCCUCAGUUUUUCCCUUCCUGUGAAGGCAGCAACCGAGAGGGGCUGGAGUAUAAUUAAUUUGAUUAUCAUAUGGCCAAAUGCUGCUGACAGCAGGGGGGUGGGGAGUGAGAAGGAAGAGGGGGGGUGGGAAUUUGUUAAGACAUUUGGAAAUAUGUAUUUAAAUGUAUGACGACCUGGUGGAAUUUGGCAGGUAAUAUGUACUCUUUUGAGAAUGCUAAUGAUUUUUUUUUAAAGAAGAGGGUAUGUAGGCGAAGUUCUAAAUAAACAGAUGAAUAAAACAAUAGUGUGGUGAAAUCCAAAGCAUGUCAAAGCAAAGCUAGGAGUCAAGAAGAGUUGUGAGUGACAGCCAGCAUGAUUGAAUUUACAGUAUCAGAAAAUACCACCGCCUGUCGCCCCUCCCUGCUUGGUGUAAUUCAUGAAUAUGUUUGCAUGUUGUUUCAUAUUCAUUCACCUUGAUGGUAUUUGUGUCUAGGCCUUCGUCAGAAAAGAGUGACAAGCAUAGCAUUUACACUACAUUACAUUUACGUCAUUUAGCAGACGCAUAGCCUAGUCUGCUGUCACGUCUACUCCCGCUCCUUCCCCUCCGGCGUUCGAUGUCACCGGUUUACGAACCACCGGUCCUGGUAACCAUCAUUACGCGCACCUGGCAUCAAAAUUUACGCGCACCUGCGCUUCAUCAUGAGGCACACCUGGACUCCAUUACCUCACUCAUUACCUCCCCUUUAUCUGGCACUCCCUUAUGUUCUUUCCCAAGGCUGUAUUGUUUCUGUGUUUCAUGUCAAGACGCUACUCCUAUGUUGUAUCGUUCCAUGUUCUUUGUUAUAUUAAACUUACCACCUGCACCUGCUUCUCGACUGCCAGCAUCUACGUUACAUCUGCGUAGUGGUGGAUUAUUGAAAAAUGAAUUGCACUCUGUUUGGUUAUUUUGUGCUGGUUGUGUGUGGUUUUGGGCUGGUUUUGGCUUGAUGUAUUCCCUGCUGGUGUUUUAUUGCAGGGCGCGGUGGCGAUCGCUUUGCCCCUAGGUAGUUGUCCUUGCUAGAGCGCCAUUGACAAGAUGCCUGAGGAGGCAGAAUAUGCUGAUCAAGCUAAAGACAUCCAGGAAGAAUUUACAUCAAAUGGCGACCUUAGUUGUCAUUGGGGCUGUGGUGAGGCGCUUGUGUGUGUGUGUGUGAGUGUGAGUGUGUGUGUGACAUGUGUGCCUGCACUGUAUCUGUGUAAUGUGGUCAGUGUCAUGAUUAUAGCAUUUUUGAGUGAUAGUUUGACGAGCUGUCAUUCUAAGAACAUAUUUAUGACUGUUUAGGAAUUCCAUGUUUUGAAUGAAUUAUUACUUAGAUGUUAUAUACAUAUUACAAAAUAGUCAUCAUAUCAGAAAAGCAAUAAUUCCACAAGUUGCAGGCCUCUAUCAAACCUCCCCCUGGUCUGGUAUCUGUCCCUCCAGACCCCCCCGUCCUGCUUACCUAGAAGCUCCAGGGGCUACCAGUGGAUCUCAGGUAUCACCGGGCUUCACAGCCCAGACCCAGGGAUCCAGAGUCAGACCACUACAGCAUUCAAUCUGCUGCAAGAUACAGUUCAGCACAGCAAAAGAGUUGGGAAGUACAGUGCCUUCGGAAAGUAUUCAGACCCCUUUACUUUUUUCACAUUUUGUUACGUUACAGCCUUAUUCUGUGGGCUCCCGAGUGGCGCAGCGGUCUAAGGCACUGCAUCUCAGUGCUUGAGGCGUCACUACAGACCCCCUGGUUCGAUUCCAGGCUGUAUCACUACCGGCCGUGAUUGGGAGUCCCAUAGGGCGGCGCACAAUUGGCCCAGCGUCGUCCGGGUUUGGCCGGUGUCAUUGUAAAUAAGAAUUUGUUCUUAACUGACUUGCCUAGUUAAAUAAAGGUUAAAUAAAACAUUCUAAAAUGGAUUACAUUUUUAAAAAUCCUCAGCAAUCUACACAUAAUACCCCAUAAUGACAAAGUGAAAACAGUGUUUUAGAUAUUUUUGCAAAUGUAUUAAAAAUAAAGAACAGAAAUACCUUAUUUACAUUAGUAUUCAGACCCUUUGCUAUGAGGCUCAACAUUGAGCUCAGGUGCAUGCUGUUUCCAUUGAUCAUCUUUGAGAUGUUUCUACAACUUCAUUGGAGUCCACCUGUGGUAAAUUCAAUUGAUUGGACAUGAUUUGGAAAGGCACACACCUGUCUAUAUAAGGUCCCACAGUUGACAGUGCAUGUCAGAGAAAAAACCAAGCCAUGAGGUCGAAGGAAUUGUCCCUAGAGCUCCGAGACAGGAUUGUGUCGAGGCACAGAUCUGGGGAAGGGUACAUAAAACUUUCUGCAGCAUUGAAGGUCGCCAAGAACACAGUGGCCUCCAUCAUUCUUAAAUGGAAGAAGUUUGGAACCACCAAGACUCUUCCUAGAGCUGGCUGCCCGGCCAAACUGAGCAAUCGGGGGAGAAGGGCCUUGGUCAGGGAGGUGACCAAGAACCCGAUGGUCACUCUGACAGAGCUCUAGAGUUCCUCUGUGGAGAUGGGAGAAACUUCCAGAAGGACAACCAUCUCUGCAGCACUCCACCAAUCAGGCCUUUAUGGUAGAGUAGCCAGACGGAAGCCUCUCCUCAGUAAAAGGCACAUGACAGCCCGCUUGGAGUUUGCCAAAAGGCAGCUAAAGAAACAAGAUUCUCUGGUCUGAUGAAACCAAGAUUGAACUCUUUGACCUGAAUGCCAAGCGUCACGUCUGGAGGAAACUUGUCACCAUCCCUACGGUGAAGCAUGGUGUUGGCAGCAUCAUGCAGGGACUGGGAGACUAGUCAGGAUCGAGGCAAAGAUGAACGGCGCAAAGUACAGAGAGAUCCUUGAUGAAAACCUGCUCCAGAGCGCUCAGGACCGCAGACUGGGGCGACGGUUCACCAUCCAACAAGACAAUGACCCUAAGCAAACAGCCAACACAACGCAGGACUGGCUUUGGGACAAGUCUCUGAAUGUCCUUGAGUGGCCCAGCCAGAGCCCGGACUUGAGAGACUCUGGAGAGACCUGAAAAUAGCUGUGCAGCAACGCUCCCCAACCAACCUGACAGAGCUUGAGAGGAUCUGCAGAAAAGAAUGGGAGAAACUCCCCAAAUACAGGUGUGCCAAGCUUGUAGCGUCAUACCCAAUAUGUUAUUAAAAUAAUCAAUGUUGUAAUCGCUGCCAAAGGUGCUUCAACAAAGUACUGAGUAAAGGGUCUGAAUACUUAUGUAAAUAGGAUAUUAACGUUUUUAUUUAUUUAUACAUUUGCAAAAAAAUGAAAACACCUGUUUUUGCUUUGUCAUUAUAAAUAAAAUAAAAAAUAAAUUGGUCAUUUAGCAGACGCUCUUAUCCAGAGCGACUUACAGGAGCAAUUAGGGUUAAGUGCCUUGCUCAAGGGCACAGACAGUUUUUUCACCUAGUCGGCUCGGGGAUUAGAACCAGCGACCUUUCGGUUACUGGCACAACGCUCUUAACCACUAAGCUACCUGCCGCCCUAUAUAUUAUGGGGUAUUGUGUGUAGAUUGCUGAGGGGAAAAAACAAUUUAAUCAAUUUUAAAAUAAGGCUGUAACGUAACAAAAUGUGGAAAAAGUAAAGGGAUCCGAAUACUUUCCGACUGAUUCUGCAAACUAGAGCAUCAGAAGUUCAAAACACGCUUAACUUUCCACUUCCAAGAAACAUGAGGCUACUUGAAAAUGAUUUAGCUUCUCAGAAAAUGUAGAAGUGACAAGUCACAAACUUAAACUAAAUAUUUGCUUUUAUCAAAUCAAAAUGUAGAGCUUUUACAUGAUCUGACAGUUCAGAACUACUUUUACCAGGGGUGAUAUCAGGAAUAUAGAAUAUAAAAAGUGGUUGGUGCUUAGGAGUACUGGAGUGGCUGACGGCACUCUGUAGCCCCUUUGCAAGGUUUAGCCCUCAAACCAGACAAUUUAAAAAAAAAACGGAAAGGGAAUAUUCCUUUGUUCCCAGGACGCUUCUCUUGUUGUGUUAGCAAAAUGCACUUGAAAAGGCGUGGCAGGCAGGGCCCGAGCAAAAACACAGCUCCUAAUUCACAAACGCUCUUUUUAAGUUUGGGAGGGAAAGUGUGAAGGAGGCCAACAUGUCAGCUGCUUUUCCAUCACAGGGACGGGAUAGCAAGCGCACCACACAAGGACAAGACACUUCAAAUUAACCCAGAGCGGAGUGCAUCCCGCUCCUCUUCAAACGCAUGAACACAAACUCCCUCUCACACACUCAUGCUGUGUGGGCUAGCUCUUUUUCGCCCCGCAGAACUUUUUCUAAAAGUGCACGCUUUAACAGAGCAUCUUAUGUUUUUAUUUUGUUCAUUUUUUUCUAAAGAGAAAGAUGAAAAGCAUAUUUAAUGGUGAUCGUGGUACGCGGCUGAACAGCCUUCAUAGCACAGAUACGAUAUUAAAGGAGUUAAUAUUUAAUGGAGAACCUCUUUGUAUGAGGGCGAAGUGUGUGAAGUACUCUGAGAUGCCAGCGUUGGCAAAGGAAAAACAAACUUGAUGCCCUAUCAUAUUAUAAGGGGGAGAAAGGCCUUGCUUCAAGCCCCCCGUCUUCCCUUCCCGAUGCUCUUCAAGGGAGCUGAGCUAUGUACAAAGCAAGGGCUGAAAAAACAUGACUCAGAACUACGGUGGGGUCAGGAAUUAUUGGAUCCCUUGAUAAAGAUUAGAAAAAAAUACUGUAUAAAAUAAAUAAUACAAUUACCAAGCUAUAUUGUAUGCUACAUUUAAAAAAUAUAUAUUAUUUUAUACUAAUACAAUUGCUCAGUGAAAUAUAUUUUGUUUAACAAGUCAUUUCAAAAUAUCCACUGGUCAAAAUUAGAUAGGGGUCAAAAUUAUUGGAUCCCCUGUUUUCAAUACUCUGGCAUCCUCCCCUUGCGAGGAUAAUGACGCUGAGACUUUUUCUAAAAUGAUUUAUGAGAUUGGAAAACACAUUGGGAGGGAUCUUAGACCAUCAUAUCCUUUCUCUGCGUUUAUGGACCACCCUCUUCAAUUCAAACCACAGGUUUUCAAUGGGGUUCAAGUCCGGAGACUGAGAUGGCCAUUGCAAAUGUUGAUUUUGUGAUCAAUUAAUGUGUGCUUGGGAUUUUGACGUGUGCUUGGGGUUAUUGUCUUGCUGAAAGAUCCACUUGCGGCCAAGUCUCAGCCUCCUGGCAGAGGCAAGCAGGUUUUUGACAAAAAUGGCCUGGUACUUGGUAAAGUUUAUGAUGCUGUUGACUUUAACAAGAGAACUUGGACCAGUGGAAGCAAAAUAGCCCCGUAACAUCAAAUAUAUUUUACAGUAGGGAUGAGGUAUUUUCUGCAUAUGCAUUGUUCUUUCGAAGGCCAAACCUACCACUGGUGUUUGUGUGGCCAAAGAGCUCUAUUUUCGUGUCAACGGACCAUAGCACCGGUUCCAAUUCAAGUUCCAAUGCCGUUUAGCAAACUCCAGGCGGUGCAAUGGUCAGAUGACAUGAAAAUAGAGCUCUUUGGCCACGUACACCCAAAGUAUUGGUGUAAAGUAAUAUAAUUUUGUAAACAAAAAAUAGAGCGUUAAAUAUAGCACAGUAUUUCUGUUAUUUAUUCAAAUGUAUCAAGUGAUCCAAUCAUUCUGGACCCCACCGUAUGUCAAGGUAAGCAUAGUUCAAUGUGCAUUCAGUAUGGUCCCAAGUGUCACCACAAUCUUUUAGCAACCUAGUUUGUAUUCUCCCUACAAUUAGAUAUUUGUGCCUGUAUCAGUAACCUGUGACUUGGUCCUGUGUAGGUGAGCUGGAGAGGAGAGGCUGGCAGCUGCAACAUAUUGUCCUGGUUCACCUGUAUGUGAGGAACAUGGAGGACAUCAACAAAGUCUACACCACCCACUUCGGUAUCAACCCCCCUGCCAGGUUCCCAUCCCUGUCUCCUACGUCAUAUUACCUACACACACCUAUCCUGCGUUCUUAGAUCAGUGCAGAUGAAGGACGGGAUAAGGAGAAGAGAUUACAGACUAUUUAGCAACCCUGGACUGACCCCUCACCCAAAGAGCAGAGACAGUUCCCCUUUCAAUGUUUUGCAGGCAUAUCUUUUCACAUAUUCUCACAAAAUCCUUCAUUGUCAGUAUACUUUUGAUGAGUAUACAGAUCAUGUCAUCAGGCUCUCCUCCUUCAUGUCCUCCCCUCCUCUUCAUUCCUCCCACCACCUCUCCGGGGUGUGUGUCCAGGCCCCUCUGCCUGCCGGUCAGCUCCUCCAGAUGGACUGCCUGCUCCACGACUGACCCGGAGGAGGGCACCUUCCACUGCAGAGGCCCUUCACGUCCAGAGCCUGUCCCGCUGGGUUCCCGGCAACAUCGGGCCCUACAGCCAGGCCCUCAUGGUAAGAGACCCCCAGGGGAGUGGAGAAGGAGGGGAGGGUGUUGGGAUGGAUGGCUGGGUGACUGGGUUGGAGAUGUGGUUGUCUUUUAGAUUCCAAGGGACUUAGUAGAAACAUGGAAAGGAGGUAGUAGGGUGAAUGGGUUGGAGAUAUAUGUGUGUCUCUUUUGUUAAUACUGGGAACUUACAAGAAGCAUGAGGUGAGAGGGGGAGACUGAUGGCUAAGUGGCUAGAUUGUGUUUCUAGGGACUUACUAGGAGCAUAGUGGUGCAUAGAGCGUUCCUACUGAAAGACUGA